UUGGAGGAAGUUCCGGCUCAGGUUUUGGAGGAAGCGGUUCAGGCUCAGGAUUUGGAGGCUCAGCCUUUGAAAGAGGAGGUUCCGGCUCAGGAGGAUGCGGUCCUGGACAAGUGUUGCAUGCUGGUAGAUGUGUCACUCCACGCGAGAACCGCAAAGUCUUCUUGUACAACGCACCACCCGCACCACCAGUUCCCCAUGGUCCUCCACCGUACAUCCCUGAGCCAACCAUUGACACGAAUAUCGUGUUCAUCCAAACACCCGAAGAAGGUCCAGGACCAGACCCCAUUGUCAUACCUCCACCACAACAGCGAAGCGUCGUCUAUGUCCUCAACAGACAGAUACAAGAGCAACAGGAUGUGAUCGAAGUCCCAGCACCGCCAGCAACCAGUCCUGAGGUUUACUUCGUGAACUACGCUGACGGCGAGAACCCAGUUCUUCCCAGCGGUGUGGAUCUUCAGACUGCCUUGAAUGCAGCUUCCCAGGGAGGCGGUCAAGUGAUUGGAGGAGGCGCCGGAGGCAGUGGCGGUGGCUUCAGUGGUAGUGGAGGAAGCGGUGGUUUUGGAGGCAGUGGAGUUGGAGGUGGAUUUGGAGCAGUGGAGGAAAUGGUGGUUUCGGAGGCAGUGGAAAUGGUGGUGGAUUUGGUGGCAGUUUAUCAGCAUGGAGCAAUAGAGUUAAAUCGAGUUUUCCUCUCCAAGCUGGUAUGGUUUGGCAGUCUUCAUAAUGUGCUGCAAGCGAGGAGGAAAAUCAUGAGCCAGUCUCAUAUGAUUAAAAAUAGAGUUCAGGGUAAGGAGGCAGAAGAAGCUCUGGUGUGUAUUGCUCCAUUGCACUAA